AUGAGAAAUCGAGAAGGUGAUGGUGCAGGGUUUGCGAGCAAUCAAAACGGAGAAUCAUUGAACACCGGCCUCGGUGUCGGCGCGUGUAGUCGAGUGCCAUCGCCUUUACGAAGACUUGUUACGUGGCCAAGUUACUACCAACCGGCCGGACCGCUGAUCACACACCACCUGGUGCCGCACCACAUGCACUUGCACCAUCCGUCACACGUGAAACAGUCGCUGGCUCCACCGUUGGUGCCCACGCCGCCGUCGUCGGCCGGCACUGCCGCACCACCGCCCGCCGAGUCAUCCGACACCGAAGUGGUGCCGGUCAGAUCGACGUCGGUGCCGACACCUCCCGGUUAUCGGUACCAGCCGCAGGGCCCGUACCAUCCGCCUCCGCUGCCGUCGUACUACCCUUCGCCACCGGCGUCGGCCAGUCUCCAGUACCCGCCGCCCCCACCACCUCAGGUGCCGUCCCACCACUACCUUCCGGAGGCGCCAAAUCCGUGCGCGUACCCCGGAGGGCCGCACCACCAGCCCGGCUACUUCCAUCACAGCCGUAGUUCGCCAUACCACCACAUACCGUUCCACCACAGACGGCCGCCGGCUGCACCACCUUACGCACAGGCCGGUGGACCGCCCACGUACUAUCACGAGUACUACGGGCCUCCGCCUCCCGGACAGCCGCCGGCGCCGACUGGUUCGCCCGCGGGACAACAGCAGCAAAUGUUGGUGGCCAUCACCAGGCCUGGUGGCGACCGGCCGGACCACCAUCCGUCAGCGCCGCCACAGCAGCAGCAUCAGCAGACGCAGCAACAACAGCCGCCGCCGCCGACGCCGCAGCAGCAGCAGCAGCAACAACACCAGCAACACCUGCAGCACCAGCAACACCUGCAACACCUGCAGCAGCAGCACCACCACCAGCAACAACAGCAACAGUCCCUGCCGCCGCCGGACGCUUACCCUGCGCCGCAGCCGCUCUACUACUCCCCGUACGGUGCGCCGCCAGGGCCGUCGUGCUACUCGCCCGCACCACCCCGCACCUACGCCGUAGACCCAACGUACCAUUCGUGUCCGUGCCCAAUGCAAUCGUGUCCCAAUCCAAAAAACGGACAUACUGGCCCGCUUACUGGUGCAGUCAGUAAGGGGCCAAAACAUCAUUCGACAGUAGUUACACUUCCACCUGUGGCAUUGGCACUGCCGCAGGAGCCUCCGCGGGCCCAUGGCCCGCCGAGCCCAGCCAGGGGUAGCGCCGGCGUUCCCGGACCACCGCGGUCCGCGAACUCUGGCAGCCCAUGCAAGCAAGUCCCGUGGUGCAUGAGCCCGCUGAGCCCAGCCCGCGCUUCCGUGCAGCACCUGGCACCCCAGUCCCCAGCUAUGCUGGCCGCCAAGAACCCCACCUCCGAGUGGAACAACAUCGUCGCCGAAGAGAAAUGCGAUACCACCGGCCUGUUGGCCAUCGGCAAAGUCCUCAGCCAGUCCGUACUGGGCCUGGACCAGCCGAUCGACCACCACGAAGUCGUGGUGCCGAAAGUCGAACCUAUCGACGACGAGCAACAGCCACAAUCGUAUUUCAUGCUCAAGGUGGACAUGGCCAGCGAAGAGGACGGGGAUUCCGCGUCAGCGGCCGACGAUGACUGUGGUCUUCAUCAGACCAUCGACUUGUCGACCAAGCCGCGAGAACGCCUGGAAGUGACUACUACUGUAUACUGCAACCCACCGGUCAACAACAACGACACCAUUAACAAUAACAACACCAUCAGCAACAACAACAACAACAACAACAACAGUUAUUAUAAUAUAAACGUAGACAGCGACAAAAUCGUGAUGAAGGGAUCCGCGAAGAGGAAGAAACCCAAUCCCAUGCAGAUCGUCUUGGCGAAAAAAUCGAAAAUCCAAGAAGAAACCGAAGACGUGAGCGGUAACGGUGACGACAAAUCGGUCGCCGUUGUCGUCCGCAAAGACAACGACGACUGUAAGGAAAACGUAGAAGAGACGACUAUGGCGACGACGACGACGACGAUGACUGCAACUGCCACUACACCGCCGACAUCGACCGAAGACGAACCGGUGCAGCAGGUAACUGCUGUCAACCGGAAGAACAGUAUCAAGUCGACGGAGGUCAAAUCCGAUCAAGAGAAAUUGGAUGAGUGCAUGACCGAAGAGAUAUUGCGGUCGGUGUUGACGGACGAGAGCGACGGCGACGACAUGAUCACCGAGGCUUUUGUCAAGAAAAAAGGCGUCUCAAAGAAAACGAAGAAAGGCAGAAAAGACCGGAAGAACGGAGGGAAUAAGAAAGAAAUGACCGACGCUAUGAAAAGGGAACUGGAACAGAAGAUGCGUGAAGAGUUCGCUCAGCUGUCUCGGCUCAAGAACCAAGAACUGUCGCCCAGGUGGUCUAACGGUUGGAUAUGGCAGGGAAAACCGUUCAAACGUCCCGUUUACCUAGAGAACGACGAUACACCAGUGUUGAGGAAAUGUUACCCGUGCAUGCGUCACAUGCAAGGGGACACCAUAUACGCAAGGGACUGCGUGCUUCUCAAGUCGGGUUCUCGGAAAAACGACUUGCCGUUCAUCGCCAAAAUCGCCAACUUGUGGGAAGACCCCGUCAACGGAGAAAUGAUGAUGUCGCUGCUGUGGUACUACAGGCCGGAACACACGAAACAGGGACGGUUGAAGGAGGACAUGCCCGACGAGCUGUUCGCGUCCAAGCACAGAGACGUCAACAGCGUGGCCUGCAUCGACGACCGGUGUUACGUGUUGACGUUCAACGAGUACUGCAGGCACCGGAAGCACAUGAAGUCGGUACAAGAGAACUUGGUGCUGUGCAAGGCGGUGGUGCCGCCGUUGCGCGAGGCCAACCCGCGGGCCAGACAGCUGCCCGGCGACGGUGCGCCGUCCGAUCUGAUAUUCUUCUGCCGCCGCGUGUACGAUUGCCGGCAGAAACGGUUGCUGAAGAAGCCGACGCUCUGA